AUGCUUUUCGGUGUCAAGGAACAUGGGUGCAAGGCUCUUGGGGUGGAUAGUUACAAAUCUCUGAUGAUCCUGGGUAUCCCGGAAAACUGUAACCAUGAGGAAUUCGAAGAGAUCGAACAGGCCUCCCUAAAACCUCUGGGUAAGUUCGAAGUGGCUGGGAAGGCCUUUGUGGAAGAAGAGAGAUCCAAGGCCGCCAUCAUUAGUCUGGCAGAGGACAUCAAUUAUGCCGUGAUCCCCAGGGAGAUCAAGGGCAAGGGCGGCACGUGGGGAGUGGUCUACAUGCCCCGGAAGCAGGAUAUUGAAGUCCUGACCAAGCUGAACCUCUUCCUGUAGAGCCAGGGCAGGAUGGCGGAAGAUGUGGCCCGGGUCCUAAGGCAGGAACUGUGCCCGAUGGUGACGGGCCCCAGAGAGCUUCCUGCCAGAAACUGCUAUGAGCCCGGGCCAGGGGAGAAACCGGGGCCUGGGGCCACUGCUGCGGUGGACGGGGUGCCACCUCUGGACUCCACGAAGGACAGCAAGGCGGGAGAUGGCUAGAAAGGCAAGCGGAAGCACAAGCAAAACCGUCGACGACACCAUGCAUCCGACAGGAAGCUGUGAGGUGACCUGGGGCGGGCAUGGGUGCGGCUGAAUGAGGGUGGGCGUCAGCUGAGUGGGUGUGGGUGGCGACUUGGCAAGGCUGGUGCCCUCUGAGUAAGUUCGGGGGAUGAGAGUGAAUGUGGAUAAAUGCGAGUGAGGAUGAGUUACCCAGUCACGGGAGUGGGUAACUUUCCAGUAAGAAUGGGUAACAUCUGACUAGUGUGAGCGAAGGUGGGUAUUUUUAUCUGAGUUAACUUGCCGGUGACAUCUGAGUGGGUGUGGUUAAGACUUAGUUGAGUGUGAGUCACUCAUCCAUUCAUUCAUUCAUUCAUUCUACAGAUGUGCAUUGCACACCUACUAUGUCCCAGGCACUGUUCUAGGAGCUGGGGAUACAGAAUGGAGCAAAUCCAACGCAACUUUCUGCCUUCACGGCACUCACAGUGAGGGGGUAGCUUUUGAGUUACUUGGGUACAUCUGAGUGCGAGUAGGUACCAUUUGAGCAGAGUGGAUAAUAUCUGGUUGAGUAUGGAUCGUUCAUUCAUUCAACAAAUAUUUCCUGGGCACCUGCAGUGUACCAGACACUAUUCCAGGCACUGGGAAUACAGCAGGGAACAAAACGGACCCAAACCUUGCCCUCGCGGCGCUCAUAUUAAAUAUCUGAGUAGGUGCGGGUAACAUCUCAGUUGUGUUUUGAAUACUUCAAUACAUAUGAGUGAGCGUGGGUACCAUUUGAUAUGUGGGUAGCAUGACGUCACUUGAGUAUAUAAGCUCAAGUGGGUAAUAUUUGAGUAGCUGUGCGCAACACUUAAGAGUGUGGGAGUGACACCUGAGUAUGCGUGUGGGUAUUAUUUGAGUGGGUGAGGGUAACUUCUGAAUGAGGAAGAGUUUCAAAGAUCGGCAUACGAAGUCUAACAAGCCGGAGGCGCCGCGGGACCAGCUGCGCAGUCGCAGUCGGAGCCGAGCAGCGAGUCAGAUUGUUGCCAUGGAGACCGCGGGCCGCUUGCGGCGACUGCGUCAACACGAGUUUGCGGGAAAUGGAAAAGGAGAAAUGGGGCUCGGAAUUUCAAGGUUUUGCAGAAGGUCUCUUACCAGAGUUGAGGAACAGCCAAGCAGGAAGAACAUGUCAGGGAGAUCUGUUCUGUGCUCGGGAGAGGCCACUAUCCCCUUCGCCAUGCCCGGCGGCCUGAUGUCGGGGACGAACCCUCUUGCUGGGUGUGUAUUGCGGGGAUGAGGCCCAGACCCCUCCAGCUUUGGGCUCUGCUGGAAAUCCUGUCAUCGCAAAGUUUAGACCUGUUUUUGUCUUUUAUAAGGAUGUAUCUCGAAUGUGCCUCUGGCAUAAACGUGUCCGGCGUGGGCUACUCUUUUGCACGAGGCAAGCAGAAACCAUGACUGAGAAAGUGAGCUGUCUCCGCGCCACGUCUGAGGACCUCACUGCUUUUGUGUGUGACUCUGAAAAAAAGCUGUCACUGUCCUCUACAUGCUGGGUCUCCCUUACAGGAAUGGUCAGACAUGGGACAUUUCUGCUCUGAUUGGUUGGUGCCUGGGGUGAGGGUAUGAGUCUCCCCGAAUUAAAUCUCAGAAGCUCUAACUUGUGCUCAACUCUCUAAAGAACAGAAGGCAAGACUUCCAGGGAAUGGUCAAAAGGAGGUAAUAAUUAAGAGGUCACCUUCAACAAUGAUCAAUGUACAACACUAACGUAUAGUCCCCAAGUCUGUAAGCUGAGUCCCCCAGAAUGGUGAGGAAAAACCACAACAAAAAAACAAUCAAGUAAAAUCCAAGUGUCUGUGGGUACACAGAACACCUGCUCAGGAUGUCUGACCUGUGAGUUUGCAAACUUCCAUUAGUUCAGGGAUUUGCAAAGGUUUGAGCUGAACUUCUUAUUUAUUUAUUUAUCUUUUAAAAUUAUUUAUUUAUGGCUGCAUUGGGUCUUUGUUGCUGUGCACGGGCUUUCUCUAGUUGCGGCGAGCGGGGGUUUCUCUUUGUUGCGGUGCACGGGCUUCUCAUUGCAGUGGCUUCUCGUUGCGGAGCCUGGGCUCCAGGUGCACGGGCCUCAGCAUUCGUGGCUCGCAGGCUUAGUUGUGGCUCACGGGCUCUCGAGCGCAGGCUCAGUAGUUGUGGCACACGGGCUUAGCUGCUCCGCGGCACGUGGGAUCUUCCGGACCAGGGCUCGAACCCAUGUCCCGUGCAUUGGCAGGCAGAUUCUUAAUCACUGCGCCACCAGGGAAGCCCUGA